ACAGCCUACCUACAGGUUAACUCGAUUCUAAAUAUGCCUGUGUUCAAUUGAAGAUGUCAUGAUUUUUCAAUGAAUUCCUAGACAGCAUAACACUUUGUUGUGAUCACGAGAAUUUGCAGAAUUCCAAUUUGUUGAUUCUAAGCUUAUCGGUGCACGACCGACACACAUGAAUUCCCCGCUUGCUUAAAACAUGGACCCGAAUUCCCAUCCUACUCAGUCAACCUCAUGAACUUGUUAGCCUUCUUUUAUCUUUUACAUAUAUAUGCACGAAACCUCACUGCUUUUCUGUCAUCUUUGCGUUGUCUUUGAAAGCUUUGUGGUUAGUCUCUGGCUCCCUCACCAAUGAUAUCAGCAAACAUGAAAGGAGGAGGAGAUUCUUGGCAACCAGCCAUGACUGUCAACACAACUACCACAAUCUACUGGUUCAACUGGAGGGUCUUGCUUUGUUCCAUUUGGGUCUUGAUCACAGCCACUUUUUCCUUUAUUCUUAUAUGGAAAUAUGAAGGUUUCCGCAAAUCUAGUCACAGUAAUGGAGAAACUCAGCAAGAUACAGCAGGAUCUCUUCAUGAGGAUGAGACUUGGAGGCCAUGUUUAAAAGGAAUUCACCCUGCUUGGUUACUGGCUUUCAGACUUGUUGCUUUCUUUGUUCUUCUGAUAUUGCUAAUUGUCACCUCUUUUGUCGAUGGAGGCAGCAUUUUCUACUACUAUACUCAGUGGACUUUCACAUUGAUCACCAUCUAUUUUGGGCUGGGAUCAGUGCUCUCCAUGCGUGGAUGUUACCAAUACCACAAAAGGGUUAGUGGCGACAAGGUUGAUAACGUAGAGUUAGAUGCAGAGCAAGGAAGCUAUGAAGAUACUAUAGGUGGAGAAACCUCUAACAAUGCAGCAAAAAACCCUGAGUGUCCUGAGGGUCAUUCUGUUCGCCAACCUGCAGGCACUUCGGGUUAUGUCUUUCAAAUAAUCUUCCAGAUGAAUGCCGGUGCUGUUUUUCUUACAGAUUGUGUUUUUUGGUUCAUAAUUGUCCCUUUUCUUGCAAUCAAAGAUUACAAUCUGAGUGUUCUGGCCAUAAAUAUGCAUUCUAUCAAUGCUGUCCUCCUGCUUGCUGAUACCGCUUUCAACUGCUUGCGCUUUCCUUGUUUCCGGAUCGCAUACUUCUUCCUCUGGACAGUGAUCUAUGUUAUAUUCCAGUGGCUUGUUCAUGCUUGGGUGAAUGUCUGGUGGCCAUAUCCAUUUCUUGAUCUGUCAUCUCCAUAUGCUCCCUUAUGGUACUUUUCGGUGGCAUUGAUGCAUUUCCCAUGCUAUGGUCUCUUUGCUUUGAUGGUAAAGCUGAAGCACUAUGCAUUUUCAAGAUGGUUCCCUGACUCCUAUCAGUGUAUGAGGUAGCUUCAACUGGUGGGUUUAUGCAGACAAUUGGUUAGAAGGUCUUUGAAUUUUUUUCCCCCAUAAAAGAUACAGACAAUGCAUCAAAUGGCAGAUAUAACAUAAUUGGAACUUCAGGAUUCUUGCAUCAGAAACUUGACAGAAGGUGUUGAUACAUCAGAUUGAGUUUUGGAAGAUACAAAACAGGCCAAGCAAGAAAGCAGGCAAUCUUUGUUUGUACAUCCAUUUUAGGGAGUUGUGUAGUAGUUUUUAAGUUGUAACUACCGAUAGAUAUUCAAAAGAAUUCAAAGGAAAAUCUCUUAUUUCUCCAA